AUGAGCGAGGUCAAGAAGCGCAAGGACCUCAAGAAGAUCAUGAUCAUUGGCGCCGGCCCUAUCGUGAUCGGCCAAGCGUGCGAGUUUGACUACUCAGGCACGCAGGCGUGCAAGUCCCUGCGCCAGGAGGGCUACGAGGUCGUCCUGCUAAACUCGAACCCGGUGGGUAACAGGUCAGGUCAGAUCAGGCGCCGUCGGGACGCCCGCGCGCGGCUCGGCUGCCGCGCGUGCGGCUGGGAGGCCGCGGCGCACCCGGCGGGCUGCGGCAUGCGGGUGCAGGCGGAGAAGGCGGCCCGCAUACACGCCCGUGCGGGUGUACUUGGAUCCGCCUGGCGGCCGGCGCUGCAGCAGGGCGCGACCAUCAUGACUGAUCCCGGCAUGGCGGACCGCACCUACAUCGGCCCGAUGACCCCAGAGCUGGUGGAGCAGAUCCUGGACAAGGAGCGGCCCGACGCGAUCCUGCCCACCAUGGGCGGCCAGACCGGCCUGAACCUGGCCAAGAAUCUCGCAGAGAGCGGCCUGCUUGACAAGUACGGCGUGGAGCUCAUCGGGGCCAAGCUGCCCUCCAUCGACCGCGCAGAGGACAGGGAGCUGUUUAAGCAGGCCAUGUUCCGCAUCGGCCUCAAGACAGUGGCGGCCGCGGCGGCGGCAGAAGUGGAGGGGCGCCGGCGUGACGAAGAGCCUCAGCAGCUGCUGCGGGGGCUGGCACGGGCGGGGGGGUCCUGGGUGAUGCGCGCUGCUGCCGCCAGGGCGCGGCCAGGCGCAGCGGUGCCCCCCAGCGGCACGGCCAGCAACAUGGAUGAGGCGCUGGCGAUCGCGGCCGAGAUAGGCUCCUUCCCCCUCAUCAUCCGCCCAGCGUUCACCCUGGGCGGCACCGGUGGCGGGAUCUCGUACAACCUGGAGGAGUUCAAGGCCCAGGUCGAGGCCGGCAUCGACGCCUCCAUGACUGACCAGGUCCUGGUUGAGAAGAGCCUCAUUGGCUGGAAGGAGUUUGAGCUGGAGGUCAUGCGUGACCUGAACGACAACUGCAUGAUCGUGUGCAGGUGA